AUGGGGGCAACGGAAUUCGUCAGUCCAGGCCCAUCCGCCUCCACAUUGGACCCGUCCAUAUCAAACGCGAUACAUCCUGUGGGCUCCAAAUUUCACAUUGCCUGGUCAGGAACGAAUCUCACGAGACACAUGUCUGUGGUUUUGUUUCAAUACAAUGAAACGAGCGGGGGCUUGGUAUACCCAUUCGAAGAUGCCACACCAUCUAUGCUGGGUGCGGAGUCAUUCGACUGGACUGUAGCCACGGACAAGAACCUAUCGGCAUCAACCUUGUUUCUGUUCAACAUUUUUUACGAGGGAGACACGAGUCCAAGCGCUGUGAGCGAGACCUUUCGCAUCACCGACGACAGCACGACCUCAUCUUCUACCACUACCACAUCUAGCUCAACGACUUUUGCGACUUCAGCGAGUCUCACUGGUUCAACCACUUCUACAAUUUCGACGACCCCCAUCAGUGCAGCCAGCACGAUGACCUCUGCAGUCGACACAACUGGUGCUGUUACCAGCCAAACAUCAUUGUCGUCUGCAGAAAAGAAUGCCGACACCGACGGGCUGAGCAUGGGCGCAAAAGUCGGCCUCGGCGUUGCUAUUCCCGCAGUGGCGCUUCUUGGAAUUGCCGCAGGAUACUGCUUCUUCCGACAUCGAGCAGGGAAACAGAAGAAGCAUCAUGUUGACAAAUUGGUGACACAAGUAGAACCUCAAAUGUACCAGGAACCUCCCAAUCCGCCACCAUACUAUAGAUACGAAAUGGAUGUGGUGAAUCCCCCAACAACACACGAACUAUAUGGUGAUUUUACAGGUCGAUGA